GGGUAGUAGAAGGACUAAAUACAUAACUUAAAUUUAUUCUUACAAGAAUCAAGAAAUGGAUGCUUAUGAUAUAUUCAAAAAAUUAAGCCGCGGAGCAAAAUUCAAGAAACAUAUCCAAUCAGUGGAAAGUAAGGAUCCAACUCUGAAUGAAAUCAAUUCAAAAAAUGCAGCAAUUGAUUGUAAUCUAAAGGACAUUUCAAAGAGGGCAGCAUUCCAAAAUGAAGAAUCUGCAUUAACACUUCUUAGUGGAUUUACCUCAAAUUGUGAAAAAAAGGCCAAGAAACGCAAACAUGGGGAUGAUGAAAUCAGGAAUAAGAUUCUGAGGCAAGAAAAAGUCAACCAAUAUAGAAAUGCAAAUAAUAUCAAUGUUGUUGGUCGACGUGUCCCAGAUCCCUACAAAGUUUUUGAUGAAUUCAAAGUAGAUGUUGAUGUUAUUGAGAAUUUGAGAAAAUGUGGCUAUGAAGAACCUACACCUAUUCAGAAACAAGCAAUACCUAUCAUGUUAGAGGGACGGCAAAUUUUGGCAUGUGCCCCAACUGGAUCUGGGAAAACAGCUGCAUUUUUAGUGCCAAUAAUUCAAGCACUAGGUAUGCCCCAGAGACAAGGCUUUAGAGCUUUGAUCCUGUGCCCUACUAGAGAACUUGCUAAGCAGACUCACAGGGAAUGUGUGAGAUUAUCAGAGGGACGUGGAUUUCGAAUUCAUGUUAUAAGUAAAAUUAAGAGAGCUCUGACACAAUAUGGCUCAAAUAGUUCACAAAAAUAUGAUAUACUUGUUACAACUCCAAACAGGUUAUGUUUUUUAUUGAAACAAGAUCCACCAGCUUUAUCAUUGAAAAACAUUCAGUGGUUGAUUGUAGACGAAGCUGAUAAAUUAUUCGAAUCCGGAAAUAGAGGAUUUCGGGAACAGCUAAGUGAAAUUUUGAAAUCCUGUGGAGAAAAUAGAAAAAUAGCUAUGUUCAGUGCGACAUACACACCAAUUGUGGCAAAGUGGUGCGUUCAUAACAUGAAGUCAUUGGUUCGAGUUACAGUAGGUCAAAGAAAUGCUGCUACUGACACAGUCGAUCAAGAAUUGCUCUAUGUGGGGAAUGAGCAGGGUAAGUUGUUGGCCUUCAGAGAUUUAAUAAGAAAAGGUCUGAGUCCCCCUGUUCUCGUCUUCGUGCAGAGCAAAGAGAGAGCACAGCAGCUCUUCAACGAACUCAUCUAUGAUGGCAUAAAUGUCGAUGCUAUCCAUGCUGAUAGGACACAGUUACAGAGAGACAAUACUGUGAGGAGUUUUCGCGAAGGUCGUAUUUGGGUGCUGAUUUGUACGGAACUGAUGGCCCGCGGUGUCGAUUUCAAAGGGGUGAAUCUCGUAGUCAAUUACGAUUUUCCACCGUCGGCAAUCUCUUAUGUCCAUAGAGUUGGAAGAGCAGGGAGGGCUGGUAGAAAAGGAAAAGCCAUCACGUUUUUCACCACUGACGAUACCGUUAAUCUGAGAAGUAUAGCACAUGUUUUGAAAGACUCUGGGUGUGAUGUUCCACCUUAUAUGUUAACGUUGAAAAAGCCGCCAAGGAAGGAAAAGAAACAACUUGAAAAGAGUGCUCCAAAACGAAAUGAUAUAAUGACGAAACCCAUUUAUGAUAGAUUGAAAGGAGGAAGAAGGAAAAAGUUCCAAGAGCUCAAUUCAAUGUUGAAACAGCAAAGAAAAAAACCACUUAAAGAUCGACAUAAUAAAAGUAAGCGGAAACAGAGUGAACCUAUGAAUGAAGUGAGCGAUUGAGUUCAAUUAUCGUACCUAUGUAUUUUCAUUUUUGUGAAUAAAGUAAGUUUACUUGA